UGCAGAGAGAACUUUGCACCCUAUUCUAGUAUUGUUGACUUGUCAUGUCAUCAGUACAAGUAUAUAUACCGGUAUAUGUCUAGCUAGCUAGCGACAUAUCGUAAUCAGCCAGUUCAAUACUAGCUAGCUAGCUAGCUGGAAGGAUAGUUGGUACGAAGCCAACUAACUACCUCUGGAUCCGCCCCCGCCAUCCUCACUGCACUAGCACUAUCCACACACCUCAAAAUGUCUCAUAGCAAGUCUGAUAAAGAAGCAUCGAAAGCAACUGAACAAUCAAAAGAAAAUAUCGAAAUACCUACUCACGCAAGUCCCGAAGUUUUUAUCACCCCCACUAACUCCCCUCAUCACAGCCCGCCCCCGUCACCAGCUCCACAUUUACACACGCUCACACAAGCACAGCUUCACAGCCCACCCACUCCAGACUUUCACACGCCCACACAGCCACAGCUACACACAAUCCGUAGCCGUGCAAUAGCCAAUCAGAAUCAACGACCGAUGUUCGUAAACAUGCAGCAGCAAGAUAUUGUACAAGAUAGAAAAUAUGACACAUUUUUCUCGCGACCAACAUGUCAGUUUGGGGCCAUUGUAUUGGAAGAAGAUGAUCUUAUACCAACUAAAGUGUUUCUUGAGUGUGCUGAAGUGCUGCUGCCUUUCUUUGAUGCCCUCAGCCCCACAGCUUUUGCUUCAGUCAAAGCUGACAUUGCCGUCAACAUUAAGAAAGCCUUACAUAAGUACGAGGAGGACCCUACUCGUUACACUACACUCCAAGUGAUGAUGACUCAUGAGAUAGAGACAGGUAGAGCUGGUGCUGGCUCAGCCACUGAGUCACUGCUCUGGCUGAAACGGGGUAUGGAGUUCAUCUACUUGUUCCUAGCAGAGUUGGCUAGAGGAGAGACAGCGCUGGAUGUAGCAGCAUGGAAGGCUUACUCUAACUCGUUAAGCAGACAUCACUACUGGUUUGUCAGGAGAAUAUUUGGUUUGGCUACCAUGGCGAUACCCUACCACCUAGACUUCAUGGUUCUCCUCGGCUCUGACAGAAGUGACGAAUCGGUGCAGCAAGUCAUCCAGGACAUGGGAAUAUUUGCUCAAAACUUGAGGGAAAUUUGUGUUAUAUUGGACCAGUUCUUAGUGCGUAAAAACAUUGAAACUAAAAGUUAAUAAUUAUUAUAUAUCAUUUUUUUAAUACACAAAAUUUUAUUGUUGGGUUCAUAUCAUGUUAUUA